CCCGGCGGGUGUGGGUGUCCGCGGGCAGGUGCGCCGGGCCGGGGCCGCUCCGCGCUCCGCUGCUCCCCGCGCCCCGCUCCGCUCCGCUCCGCCACCAUGACCGUCACACGGCUCGACCAGGGCCAGCGCUACCGCCCGCGGAUGGCCUUCCUGAAAAAGAUCGAAACCCUCAUGAUGGAGAUGCAGAGCCCGGACACAGGAAUCAAGACACAGACACAGACGGUGACAGUCGCCACCAUCCCUCACGCUGUCACAGGUAAUGAUAUCAUGCAGUGGAUUCUGCAGCGCCUGAAGAUCACCGCGGAAGAGGCACUCCACCUGGGAGAUCUGUUUGUCAAGUAUGGAUAUAUCUACCCUCUCCAGGAGCCAAAGAACCUCACCCUGAAGGCAGACAGCAGCCUCUACAGGUUUCAAACCCCCUAUUUCUGGCCGGUGCAGAGCUGGGCUGCUGAUGACACAGACUACGCAAUUUAUCUAGCAAAGAAGAACAUUAAAAGGAAAGGGAUUUUGGAAGAAUAUGAAAAGGAACAUUACAACAUGCUCAAUCAAAAAAUAAACUACAAGUGGGAUUUUGUUAUUAUGCAGGCCAAGGAGCAGUAUAAGGCAGGGAAGGAGCGGAAGAAGGAGGACAGGUACGCCCUGGACUGCCAGGAGAGAGCCUACUGGCUUGUGAACAGAACUCCUCCGGGCAUGCUGGAUGUCCUCGAGUACGGAUUAGAUCGUGUCACAGAUCCCAAUGAAAAUAAGAAAAAUACGAUGGAAUUCUAUAGGAGAGAGAUCAUGUACUACCAGCAGGCCAUACUGAAGACCAGAGUGAAAUCUUCUGUCUCUCUUGGAGGGAUUGUGAAGUACUCUGAGCAGUUCCUCUCCAAUGAUCCCAUCCUGUCUGGAUGUCUCCCCAGCAACCCUUGGAUAUCAGAUGACCCCGAGUUUUGGGAUCUCAAUGCAAAGCUGGUGGAGGUGCCCACCAAGAUGCGCGUGGAGCGAUGGGCCUUCAACUUCAGCGAGCUGAUCCGGGACCCCAAGGGCCGCCAGAACUUCCAGAUCUUCCUCAAGAAGGAGUUCAGCGGAGAGAAUCUGGGUUUCUGGGAAGCCUGUGAGGAUCUCAAGUAUGGAGACCAAUCCAAGGUCAAAGAAAAAGCAGAAGAAAUCUACAAGCUCUUCCUGGCUCCAGGAGCAAGGCGCUGGAUUAACAUCGAUGGCAAAACAAUGGGCAUCACAGUCAAAGGCCUGGAGCACCCUCAUCGUUAUGUUCUAGAUGCUGCUCAGACCCACAUUUACAUGCUGAUGAAAAAGGACUCCUAUGGCCGCUAUUUAAAGUCUCCAAUAUACAAGGAAAUGCUGGCCAAGGCUGUUGUGCCACAAGAGGGUGUCAAAAAAAGCACGGGUUUGUUCGGCCGCCGCCACCUGCGCUCCAGCCCCAGCCCCAUCAUCCUGAGGCAGCAGGAGGAGGAGGCCAAAGCCAAAGAAGCCGCCAACACCGUGGACAUCACGCAGGUCAUGAGCAAGCUGGAUCGCAGGAACCAGCUCCAGAAGGAAGCUCCUCCCAAGUAGGCUCUGAGCCCCGCAGGGAAAAGACAAGGCGAGGCUGGCGUUGAGCUUCGUCUCCCCUUCCUGAAGGUGUCAGUGCUGCUUUAGGUUUCCCAGGCCGGCUCUGCGCUCCUCCAGCUCCCCGCACGUUGCCAUGGCUCCUGGAGAGCAGAUGUGGCUGCCCAUGGCUCCUGGAGAGCAGAUGUGGCUGCCCGGGCAGGGAGUGCUGGCUGUGCCUUGCUCAGGGUGCAGCACCCGCACCCCUGGGAGGGGAGAUGCCUCUGCUGCCCCCACAUCCCCCGGGGGGCUGCAGAGCCCAGCUGCCUCUCCCUGCUGCCCCGGGAGUGGGGUGGCACAAGGCAGGGUAAAGCUGAGCCCUGGGUGCGUGGCACAGAGGGGGAUGACCCCGCGGGGAGCAGGGUGAGGUGACCCAGCCCGGAGUGUCCCUGCUGGCCUCCAUCCCCUCAGGGGGCUCUGCACCCUCCUUGGGCUGCAUCUGGCACCCCUUAGAGCAGCACUCCCCCCUCCCAGAGUCCUGCACCCCCAGCCAGCACAACAGGGCCACGGGCAGAGGAACAGGAACUUCCCCUGCUUGUGGGAACAGGAGCACGAGCACUUCUGAAGGUUUAGCUGCUGGAUUUGAAUGGCACUCCCACAUCCCCUGGCACGCUGGAGAUGAUCAGCAGGAAGCUCUGCUCUGCUCUGCUCUCCCUGUGACUCCUGUGCCGUGAGCUGGGUGUGCAGGUGCAGAGAGCUGCCCCUUGCCAGAGCCUGCACGAGGCCAAGAGAGAUUUUAUCCAAUCCUUCCCACCUCUUGUCUUGUCUUUUUCCUGCUCUUCUAUUUUCUGUUGUUAAAAAUCCAGCAGGAGGUAGCUGCAGUUGUCACUGGCUUGUAGCCCAGAGGCAAGGGAGAACAGGGUAGAGGCAUUAAGAGCUGAUUUCAACUUUAAGUAGUAUUUUCUUUUUUAUUUGCUCUGUCUCUUUUGCUCUGUAGAAUGAGGCAAGCUAAAAUAUUACAUUAGUGCUAAAGAGCUCAGGGAGAUUCCAGGCCUUGCUGGAAAAGCCCAGCAUGCCUGGACCGGGCCAAUGAUUACCAGAAGUGUGAAGAUUCCUGCAAAGCCCAGUAAAGGGAAUUAAAGGGGCAGAAAAGUUUCCUGGUUUGUUAAAAUUUUGGGGAAGCAGAGGAACCAGGUAGAAGCACUGAAGUCUGAGAAGCUGCCUCUCUCCAGUUCACAUUGUUCAUCCCUUUUUAAUACUGAUAGGGUUUUACAGAAAAUGGGAGAUCACAGAAUCCCAGAGAGGUUUGGAUUGGAAAGGACCUUAAAGCUCAUUCACCCCACCCCCUGCAAUGGACAGGGACACCUUCCACUGUCCCUUCACUGUCUCUGAUCUGGUGUCACUCCUCUCCUCCACUUGUGGCUGAGCCAGGAGAUUGUCCUGCCCUUCCUUACCCCACUGGUGACAAACCUCCUUAGAGGAAUUCAGGCACAGUUACCCCAGGCUUUCCCUGUGAUGUCUGUGCUGAGCGUGUUCUCACUCCUGCUGGAAGCACAGGCACAUUCUGCACUGCUGGGCAGUGGAGCUUUGACAUCAGAGCACUGCAAGACACUCCAGAACCUGGCAGGGUUGGCCCAAAGCUACUUGGCUGUGAUGAACUCUACAGUCUCCCCAGAGUUUGUGUAACAUGGAGCACUGAGCAUGUUGGGAUUGCCAGUAUGUAGUAACAUGUGGAAGAUCAAGUCAGGGUAUAAAUAAUAAAUAACAAAUCUGUGUGUUCCCGUCAGUCCCUCUGAUUCUAUUUCUAUUUUGUCUGCUGCUUGGCUUGUUAUGUUCUCUGUAUCCAUUCCUUUCUCUGAUUUUUCAUCAUCUCUGCUUGGCAUCACUGCUCCCCUGCCAUGGGUUCAUGCUGCAUGCUCGAGAGUCACUGUGGUUGUCAAACACCAGUUACUACUUGAGAAACACCAGUUACUGCAUGUGGAACACCAGUUACUGCAUGUGGAACACCAGUCAGUGCUUGUGGAACACCAGUUACUGCAUGUGGAACACCAGUCAGUGCUUGUGAAACACCAGUUACUGCAUGUGGAACACCAGUCAGUGCUUGUGGGACAAACAGCCAUCCUUCACACACAGAGAGGGGCUGUCUUUGCCCUGCCACAGGCUGAUGGAGCUGUCACAGCCCAGCUUUCUGCUCCUCAUCCUCUGCUGCUCAGUCCCUGAAGAGGGAAGUUGCCUGGUACAAGCUGAACUUCACUUUGUGCCAGCUGAGAAAUUGUUUGUUUCCAUGUGUUGUUUCAUGUUUUUGGCCAUGGCUUCCAUGCAUUCAUCUGUCUAAUAAAAAUAAAUGUAGAAAAUGGAAAAAGAACCGAGUUCAUCCUUCUCUGUCAUGUCUCAGUGUGUUCAUCCUUCUCUGUGCCAUCUCUGCAUGUGUGUGUACAUGUCCUGUGUGUGCCUCUGCUCUCAGCUCCUCUCCUUGGGCACUUGAGCUGCAUUUCAUUUCUGCUGGGAGUAAGUCCUUGAGAAAUGGGAGGGGACCUGGCAUGCAGCAUGUGCUGUCCUUGUCCUGUCCAGUCUGUGCUUGGGCUUGUCCUGAGGGCUGGCUGAGCCAUCAGGGCUGGGGCUCUGUUCGAGCCGUGGGUGUGACACGGUUGUGCUGUUCAUAACCAAGAUCACAUUCCCAGGAUGACAGCCUCCUCCGUGCCUGGAGCUAAUCGUGGUGAGGAAUGAGACAAGCUGGUGUCUCCUCCAGCAUCCCGGCGGGUGUGGGGCUGCAUCUGUCAGCGCCCGCUGGGGCUGUGGCAGCAGUGACCCCGCAGGAAAGCGGUGACACCUCAGUGCUGUGGCACUGGGAGGGCAGGGAGGAAGGGGACAGAGCUGCAGGAGAGGGGGACACUCCACAGGCCUGGCUGGGGUGGCUGUAGCUGCCUCCCUUCUCUCCUGGCAGCACCAAACGAGGAGAGGGCUUCUCCUCCUGGAGAAGCCUGGGGAGCCCUGGUGUUGGAAAAACCCAGCUCUACAGAGAUGGGGCAACCGAGAGGCAUUUUUAAAGAUUUUAUUCCAUUAUCAAUCUCUUAGAAGGGCGAUACACAAGAGAUGUAAAACUCAACACCAUUCUAUCAGCUAUUCUGUCUUUACAAACACCUCUCAGUUGCCCCGUGUCUUUAGAGCUGGGUUUUUGCAACACCACAGCUCUCCAGGCUUCUUCAGGAAGAGAAUCCCUCUCCUCCUUUGGUGCUCCCCAGGCUUCUUCAGGAGGAGAAUCCCUCUCCUUUGGUGAAGAGACUCCCUCUCUCGCUUUCCUUCUUCUUUCUCCUCUUUCCUUCCUGACCGAUCUGGCUGUCACCCCAGACCUGACCGAGCCUCUCUCCUUU